AAUAUGAAAUUUUAUUUAAUAAAUACUCAUAUUAAAAAUAUAUACUAUACAUCAAUGUUAAUAUCAUUUUUAGUAAAAAUCCUAGUAUAUAUGCUCUCUAGGAAACAACGUAACUAACCAAGCAUCAAGUGCACUGGUCGAAUCUGCCUGCCGUCCCCCUCCGGUUUAAAAAUGAUCGGCUAAUAACAAGUCAAGACGCCAAAAAGUGUGUCGAAUCUUCGCUUCUUCUCACCAACUAAGCAGCGUUUUCAUCAAUCUCUCUGCUUCGUCGCUGCUUUCAGACGAAAUUCCAUGUCAGGUAUGUCUAAAAUACCCAGAUUUUAAAUUGUUUGUGUUCUGUCUCGAAUUAUGCUUCAGAGUUUUUAUUUGACGAAAAUUUUGAAAUUGUGAAGUUAUGGGCGUUUAUGGUGAAUCAUUUGUGGACUAUAUAUAUUUUAAGUAGUUUAAAAGUUUUGUUCUUUAUGUGUGUUGUGUCAGUGUGUCUGGUUCUUGUUAAUUUAUGUGGGUUUACAGAUAAUCAAGAACCGAACUUUGUGAAGGAGGAGAGUGUGGUAGGUAUUCCAUCUCCACUCUUGAAGCUCAAAAGCUGGCAAUGGUGGGUUCUUGUAUCCAUCAACAUCUUCUUCCUUAUCGGUGGCCAAGCUGCUUCAGUCAUUCUCGGUAGGUUUUACUACAACGAAGGUGGAAACAGCAAAUGGAUGGCCACUCUUGUUCAAACCGCUGCUUUUCCACUCCUCUAUGUCCCGUAUUUGCUUCUUCCUUCUUCUUCUUGUUCGCUCAAAACCAUGGUCUUGAUUUACGCUCCUCUCGGUGUCAUCGUCGCUGGAGACAACAUGUUGUACUCUGUCGGACUUCUCUACCUCUCCGCGUCCACUUAUUCGCUCAUUUGCGGUACUCAGUUAGCGUUUAAUGCGGUCUUCUCUUAUUUCAUCAAUGCUCAGAAGUUCACUGCUUUGAUUCUCAACUCGGUGGUUCUUCUCUCUUUCUCUGCUGCUUUGAUUGCCCUCAACGAUGAUUCAGACGCUCCUUCUGGUGUCCCCAGGUCGAAGUAUAUUGUUGGGUUUGUGUGUACACUCGCCGCAUCAGCUCUCUACUCUCUACUCCUCUCCCUUAUGCAGUUCUCAUUCGAGAAGAUUCUGAAGAGAGAGACGUUCUCAGUAGUUCUCGAGAUGCAAAUCUACACUUCUUUAGUGGCGACUUGUGUCUCUGUUAUCGGGCUAUUCGCGAGCGGGGAAUGGAGAACGCUGCAUGGAGAAAUGGAUGGGUAUCAUAAAGGUCAAGCCUCUUAUGUACUGACUCUGCUCGGGACAGCGGUUACGUGGCAAGUGUGUUCUGUAGGAGUGGUGGGUUUGAUAUUUCUGGUGUCCUCCCUAUUCUCAAACGUUAUUGAAUCAUCUUGAUGACUUGAAAGUAAGACGAGCUCGAGAACAAGCGCUUGCCAGUCGGGUUGAUCCGCCUUGUUAAUUCAGGCAGUGCAUUUGCUUUAGGUUGCAAUACUUUUGUGGUUUAGAUUAAGCAACAACUAGACCUUGACCCGCGUGCCCGCGCGGGUGUUCGUUUUCGAUUUGAAAUGUUAUGAUAUUAUUCUUUUAGGUUUUGUAAUUGUGAUAUUAAUUUUUUUUAUAUUGUCUGCUAAUAUUAAAAGGGUAAAUGAUGAAUUACAUUAGAUAUUUAGUUGAAUA